AUGCAUCUAUCAUUGGUUUCCACUGUUUUCGCCCUAGCUGCUACUGUCAGCGGCGGUGUUUUGCGUAAUGCCUCUCCUCUCAAACCACUUGCAUCUCGGGAUGUCUCGCCUGUCCCUCAGCUUUCAGUCAGAGACACUGUCGUGCAGCAGGUGACCGAGACCGAGGUUAUCACAUACGCCGACUCAGUGACCACCUAUUUCACUGACUGUUACGGUCAAGUGCAAUCGAUAACCGUCGUAGACAAAGUUGUCGAGGUCUUGACCACCACAAUUACUAAAAUUACCACGGACGCGGUGCCAGUGGAUAGUUGCGGAUGCCAGGGCAUUCAAACUACGACGUACCAGUCAAAGGUCACCGCAAUCUUUGCACAAGUCCAGCUUAUCAUUGACUACCUUCCUGGGCAGUUCCCCGAUUACGACUUCGACCCCUUCUGGAAGCAAUUCGGGACAUGCACACAAGGUUUCGUGACACUCGCCGCAACACUACAGAUCGACAUUAAAGCUAGUGUCAAGAUUGAUCUCGGAAUUCUCGGUAUCAACAUCGGCAUUGGCCUCGGUGUCGGCGUUGGUGCUGGCGGUGGUGGUGGUGGUGGCAUCAACAUUGGAGUUGGCAUCGGCGGCGGACACUGA